AUGGAUGUGCAUACCAUCAAGGUCCAUGUUACGGAGACCGAGAAUUUCCUGACGAAGCUGGAGCCUAUUAAACCAUCGUAUGAUAAAACCCCCCGAAGCCUUUAUCAACACUGUACUCUUCGACUACUAUUCCAAUUCCUACUUUUGCUCCCUAGCGGCAUGCUAUGUUGCGAUGUUUAAAUCCGGAAUUUCCGAGCAUCAUCUUACGGACAACUUUUCCAAUUCACACUCCAACAUAGUAACCUCCCUUGUCCGAUUCCACCUUCAUCUUCAUCUGUUUAGGUUUAUGAGUAAUCCCAAACUACUGGACCAAUAUCUUACAGGAGAUGAUAUACGAACCAUUAGGAAGUACAUGCCUGUACGUGAAACAUGGGUUAGGAAGACAGUCUCUUCCCACGCAAACCUCGGAACGUGGUAUUACGGGUUACCCGUAAGCGAACAGAGGAGGAUACGGCCGCAGAAGUAUCACCAAACGAAGUACGCAGGCAGAUUUAUGGAAUAUGAGUAUCUGACUGGUAGAUCACCCUUCGACGUUGAAAAUGAUUAUAAGACCUUAAUUCCAAGAACAUCCCGGGGACUUACCAAAGUUGGACAAAAAUUAUUCCAGCAGUCCAUCGAGGCGUUUGUGUAUUCCGUAUUGGGGGCACAGGCUAAAACCCGAUGGAGUAUCACAGGUCAGGGUGCAAAGAGUUUGCAGACACAGGAGGUUUUCCGGAAGGUGGUAAAAGAUACGAUUAUACAGGACGAUGUGACAGUUAGCAUUUCCAACAUGAGGACGGCUAUUGCCAAUACACACGUCGUCCUAAAUUUUGCAGUUAUGCCUGGUAUGAUACUUAUUCCUUCGGACCUGAGGAUUUUAGUGAAACCUAUUCCAGGAUUCAGCAAUGUCUUAACGAUAGCUAAAAACGGGAUGACGUUCGGGAAGAAUGAGAAGGUGAAUUAUACAAGUAAUCCCGUUCCUACCCCCACGAAUAAUAUAGACGAAAGCCAUGACAUUACACCGGUUCCUGGUGUGGAGGAUUUCAAACAUCAGGAAUUAAGGCAGAAGUCUGAUACUCAGAAUAUUGCUGUUGGGGCAGCGGCAGUAGCAUCCUUUGGACUUGCACACCUAGUAUUUAGACGUUAA